AUGCAGCGGUAUUUGAUGAAUACGUCCUAUCUUCAGGACCAGCUGAAGGAGCUUCACACACUCCACAAGAAGACGGUCACAGAUUAUGGUGAGCUGGUGGAGAAUCUUUUCAAGGAGUGUGCCAUUCUUUGCGAUGUUAUACCCAGCUACAAGAUCUCAGCAACGCUGGAUGAGGAGGAUGGUGGUCAGGGAGGACGCAAGCAGAAGGAGGUGUAUCAAGUACAGAAGCUCGAGCAUGAGGUUCUGACGCAGUACGAACACUUUCUGCAGUUGCUUCGUAGGUUGCAGCGGAAGUCCCACCCCGAGCAGCAGGCGCUUGGAAGCCGCCUUUGCGCUCAGUUGGUCAGUCAUGCUUCGGAAUUUAACCAUGCGGAUAAGCUGCUGACACUGGCUGUGGAGUUUGCCAAUGCGAAGGCAACGCGAGUUGCGCAGCCGGCGUUGACUGCCCUCUCGGAACUCCUUGAUGGGCAAAUGGUGUCAGAUGCCACGGAAAGCAUCGUAUCGGCCAUGCUGAACAUUGUACGUAAGCAGAGCUAUGCGAUGAACCCGAAACUGCUGAAUAUCCUUCUGCAUGUCCGGGUGGCGUUAGUAGACAUGCAUCGCCGCGACCUGACGGAAGAGAAGGCCAAAAAUAAGCGACUCAAAAAAGAGGAUAAGGAAUUAGCCCGUCAGUUACAGAAGAGUAAGGCACGACGGGAUCGUGCUGAGAUUGCUGUAAAGCAGGGUCGUAUUCUGCACCGCAUUUUUGUGAUCUACCUCCGCGUCAUUGAGGCAUCCAAGUCGUGCUCGCAGCAGCACCAGACGAGAAUCCUCGCACCAACGCUAGAGGGUUUGGUGAAGUUUGCACCUCUUGUGAACGUGGAGCUGUACCACGACCUUCUGGCCGCCCUGAAGGACCUUGUCAACGACGAGGAGACCUCUGUCACGACAAAAUUGCAUGCACUUGUGGCAGUCGCAUCGCUCGCGCAACGGGACGCCACGACUACCGCCGGUGACUGGCGCGUGGACCUCAGCUACUUUCACGAGGUGCUGUUCCGCUGCCUGCUGCAGGCACUCGACAUCCCAAAGUGCGAAUCAGCAAAGAAGCCCGAGGCGCCUGACGAGGAUGGUGACGUUGACGACGCGGCUUCGCAAGGUUCGACAUCGUCUGCCGGUUCACUCUCUUCGCAGGCGUUCUCCAUCGCGAACUCCAUGGCGCAGGCAAACUUUGUGCAGUCAAAUGCGUCAAAGGAAUGGACAUUUCAUGUGGGAUUGGUGCUUCGCGCUGUUGACCUACUGGUGCUGACGCAAAAGCAUCUUCCUGUUGCGCGUGUGACUGCUAUUGUGCGGCGCAUUGCGCAGGCGAUCCCAUCGUGCCCACCGCACAUUGGUUUGGCUCUGCUCGCGCUGAACCACCGCCUCAUGUUGCGCUACCCAGCGGUGGGAGGCAUCGUCAUUGGCGGCAGUGACAACGUCAUCACCGGUCACGGUGCAUACAACCCAGAGGCCCUACAGACAGCUUCGGCGAAUGCCGACAGCAGCUUCACAUGGGAGGUGAGCUUGUUAACGAAGAGCUACCAUCCCACACUGAGACAUGUCGCGGAGGUGUUCUGCCGCCACUUCCACAAGUUGUCGAAACACACGCAAGGGGAGGCGCCGGUCGUGACGAAGCAGCUUGACGCACUCGGCCCAUACGAAGUGAUGGAGUCAUACGACCCGUCGAUGGGGGAGCUGCGGCCACCGCCGCCGCUGCCGGAGGUGAUGCGGCGCAAGAAGGGCGCGGCGAAGCGAGACAGAAACGGCGUGACCCGGACGCGCACGGAGGACGUGGAUGCCGCAGGGGAGGGGGCAGCGUGA